GAUACAUACGUGCUCUAUCUAAAUUUGAUCGAAUAAGAGCGGAAUAGCUAUUGUCGAAUGAUACGGCGAAGGCGCGGCAAAGGUAUUGGCCCGGCGCAGAACCGGGUUAUCUAUAGUAGAACUCCUGAAUCGCGUCGAAUGAUUCAUUUAAAGAAUUGCCAUCUGUCUGGAAAACUUAACUGUUGAGAUAAAUUCUAGGGUUACUUUGCAUCAUGACUACCAUGAGCACGGAUGUGAAAGCGCGGAGAAAGCCUCGAAAAUAUGACAUCUUGCUUCUUGGUGCCACAGGCUACACCGGGUCAUUGACUGCAGAACAUAUUGUCCGACACCUCCCGGCGGAUCUGAAAUGGGCAAUUGCCGGGAGAUCGAAGUCUAAACUGGAGGUCCUUGCUAGGAAACUCAAGGAUCUAGAACCUGAGCGCCUGCAGCCAGAAAUUGAGGCGAUCUCAUUUGACGACGGCGGGCAACUCGAUUCGGUCGUUAAAAAUAGCAAGGUAUGCAUCAGUGUAGUCCUGUACUGGAGGGUUGGGGAAGCGGUCGUGAAGUCUUGCGUCGAAAAUGGCACGGACUAUAUUGAUGUGGCAGGAGACAUACCACUACUUCAUACAUUUGUCGAGCAGUAUCAUGAUGCAGCGGUAAAUGCUGGGGUCGCCCUUAUCCAUCUCUGUGGAGUCUUCACUGGACCCCAUGAUCUUCUCACAUGGACCAUUGUCAGAGAAUUGGCUCGGAAAACAUCGCGAAAGACGAAGGAGGUGAUCCUAUCUGUUACAGAGUUGAGACUUUCCCCAAGCGGCGGCACUGCUGAUUCGUUGAUGGCUGAGAGUACCUACGAACCCCGAGCUAUUGAGCAAGCUAGGCAGCCCUGGGUAUUGUCACCUGUCGAGGGGGUGCCAGCCUCGGAUUCAACAGAUUUCCUAGGCUUGCGCCGAGACCCAGUGCUUGGCUUACUAUCGGCAUCGUCAUUCAGUGCCGCCGAAAAUCGAGCUUUGGUACAUAGGACGUGGGGUCUACUCAAGGGAACCAACCAGGAGUACGGUCUACGCUUCCAGUAUAACGAGUACAACAAGGUAUCGUCUACUGCGGCUGGAGUAUUUAGCAUGUUAACCACUGCAUUCCUCAAUUCCAUUACGAAAUUCGAUACCUUGAAGCGAAUCGCAAGAUUGUUCCUCCCUACCCCUGGCGAUGGACCCGAUGUUGAGAAGGAACGGCAUUCGCGAGUGAAGUUUGAAGCUGUGGCUAUCGCGGAGUCUGCCGACGAUGGGGAAGCCCCUCGCGCAUACGCAAGUUUUUCGUAUCCAUCAGGCGGAUACUUUACUACCGCACUUUUUCUAGCUCAGGGGGCCGCAUCGUUACUUUAUACUAGGAAUUUAGAAAGCCAAGUCGUUGGUGGUUGCCUCACCCCAGCUUUCCUAGGGGAUGAUCUCCUAGACAGGAUCCAAGCUGCGGGCGCAACGUUUCACGUAAAUUUAGUCUGAGGAUACGUACAGUU